AUGAGUGAGCUCUCAUCACGUACCCCGUCGGGGCCCUUGGGACUCCAGGCAAACAACGGCUCCCAGAGGCCCCCACGAGAAAGUAAUGAAGCGGCUGCUUCAAAGUGCCGACACAGCCUGGGUGUCCUCCAUGUCUCCUACAGCGUCAGUGAUCGUGUCAGGCCUUGGUGGGACAUCACAUCUUUCUGGCAACAGUGGAGCAGACAAAUCCUCAAAGACAUCUCCUUGUACAUCGAGAGCGGACAGAUUAUGUGCAUCUUGGGGAGCUCAGGCUCAGGGAAGACCACGCUGCUGGACGCCAUGUCUGGGAGGUUGCGGCGCACGGGGACCUUGCAGGGAGAGGUGUGUGUGAACGGGCGCGCGCUGCGCCGAGAGCAGUUCCAGGACUGCUUCUCCUACGUUCUGCAGAGCGACACUCUUCUGAGCAACCUCACCGUGCGCGAGACGCUGCACUACACGGCGCUGCUGGCCAUCCGCAGCGGCUCGAGGGGCUACUUCCGGAGGAAAGUGGAGGAAGUCAUGGCAGAACUGAGUCUGAGUCACGUGGCAGAUGAACUGAUUGGCAACUCCAACUUCGGAGGCAUUUCCAGUGGUGAGCGGCGCCGGGUCUCCAUCGCAGCCCAGCUUCUCCAGGAUCCCAAGAUCAUGCUGCUUGACGAGCCCACCACGGGGCUGGACUGCAUGACAGCCAACCAGAUUGUCGUCCUCCUCGCCAAGCUGGCCAGAAAGGACCGCAUCGUGAUCCUCACCAUCCACCAGCCCCGCUCGGAGCUCUUCCAGCUCUUUGACAAAAUCGCCAUCAUGAGCCACGGAGAGCUGAUUUUCUGUGGUACACCAGUGGAAAUGCUUGAUUUCUUCAGUGGCUGUAACUACCCUUGUCCUGAACAUUCAAACCCUUUUGACUUUUACAUGGACUUGACCUCAGUGGAUACUCAGAGCAAAGAAAGAGAACUGGAGACUUACAAGAGAGUCCACACAAUUGAGGCCACCUACAAGAGGUCAGCCAUUUAUUGCCGGACUUUGGAGAAGAUUGAAGCAACAAAACACCUGAAAACACUACCAAUGAUUCCUUUCAAAACCAAAGACUCUCCUGGGACUCUCUCUAAGCUCGCUGUUCUCUUGAGGAGAGUGAUGAGAAACUUGCUGAGAAAUAAGCUGGCGAUGAUUAUGCGCCUCAGUCAGAAUCUGAUCAUGGGCUUGUUCGUCAUCUUCUUCCUCCUGCGGGUCCAGAACGACGUGUUAAAGGGUGCCUUCCAGGACCGCGUGGGCCUCCUGUACCAGUGUGUGGGCGCGGUUCCCUACACCGGCAUGCUCAACGCAGUGACGCUGUUCCCCGUGCUGCGAGCCAUCAGUGAUCAGGAGAGCCAGGACGGUCUGUACCACAAGUGGCAGAUGCUGCUGGCCUACGUGCUGCACGUCCUUCCCUUCAGCAUCAUUGCCACAGUGAUCUUCAGCAGUGUGAGCUACUGGACUCUGGGCUUAUACCCUGAGGUCACCAGAUUCGGAUAUUUCUCUGCUGCUCUCUUGGCCCCUCACUUAAUUGGUGAAUUUCUAACCCUUGUGUUACUUGGUAUCAUACAAAACCCCAAUGUGGCCAACAGUGCGGUGGCUCUGCUGAGCAUUGCUGGAGUCCUUGUUGGAUCUGGAUUCAUGAGAAACAUAGAAGAAAUGCCUAUUCCUUUUAAAAUCAUCAGUUAUUUUACAUUCCAGAAGUACUGCUCUGAGAUUCUUGUAGUUAAUGAGUUCUAUGGACUAAAUUUCACUUGCGGCAACGCAAAUGGCUCUGUGACAACCAAUCCAAUGUGCGCCUUCACUCAAGGAAGUCAGUUCAUUGAAAGGACCUGCCCGGGUGCAACAUCCAGAUUUACAGCAAACUUCCUGAUUUUAUAUGCAUUUAUCCCAGUUCUUGUCUUUCUAGGAAUAGUAGUUUUUAAAAUAAGGGAUUAUUUCAUUAGCAGAUAG